AGGCAGAGGCUGCGGUGUCGCCCAAUUAGGAGCUCUCACUUUACUAAACCGAUUAGCACAGGUUGCCAGGGCCGCACGAGGAGAGGAUUUUUGCUUUGUCAUUCUGACUCUGGCUGUUUGCCCGCCGGCUCAGCGCAGGGCGUGGCUUCCAGUAGCCACUGGGACCCGGCAACUCUUUCACCUCUGGGAGCCCCAGUCCGCGUUUGCACCCAAGCGGAAGGUGGCGGGACCGGUGAGGAGCAGCUUGCUGCCUUGGUUCGGGCGCUCAUAGGACGGCCGCGGCCUGGAAGGAGCGCUCUCGGAGCUGACCGCCGAGACAGACGUGCCCGUGGUGUUUGUGAGGCAGAGAAAGAUAGGCGGCCAUGGUCCGACCUUGAAGGCUUACCAGGAGGGCAGACUUCAAAAACUACUAAAAAUGAAUGGCUCUGAGGACCUUCCGGAGUCCUAUGACUAUGACCUCAUCAUCAUCGGAGGAGGCUCCGGAGGAUUGGCAGCUGCUAAGGAGGCAGCCAAAUAUGGCAAGAAAGUGAUGGUCCUAGAUUUUGUCACUCCAACCCCUCUUGGAACUCGAUGGGGUCUCGGAGGGACAUGUGUGAAUGUGGGUUGCAUACCUAAAAAACUGAUGCACCAAGCAGCUCUGUUAGGACAGGCCCUGCAAGACUCUCGCACCUAUGGAUGGAAGGUCGAGGACACAGUUAAACAUGACUGGGACAGAAUGACAGAAGCUGUACAGAACCACAUUGGCUCUCUGAACUGGGGCUACCGAGUGGCUCUGCGGGAGAAAAAGGUCGUCUAUGAGAAUGCUUAUGGGGAGUUUAUUGGUCCUCAUAGGAUUAAGGCAACAAAUAAUAAAGGCAAAGAAAAAAUUUACUCAGCGGAGAGAUUUCUCAUUGCUACUGGUGAAAGGCCACGCUAUCUGGGCAUCCCUGGAGACAGAGAAUACUGCAUCAGCAGUGAUGAUCUUUUCUCCUUACCUUACUGCCCGGGUAAGACUCUCGUGGUCGGAGCAUCCUAUGUUGCUUUGGAGUGUGCUGGGUUUCUUGCUGGUAUUGGUUUAGAUGUCACUGUUAUGGUUCGAUCCAUUCUCCUUAGAGGAUUUGACCAGGACAUGGCCAACAAAAUUGGUGAACACAUGGAAGAACAUGGUGUCAAGUUUAUAAAACAAUUUGUCCCAAUUAAAGUUGAACAGAUUGAAGCGGGGACACCAGGCCGACUCAGGGUGGUAGCUCAGUCCACCAACAGUGGGGAGACCUUCGAAGGAGAGUAUAAUACGGUGUUGCUGGCAAUAGGAAGAGAUCCUUGCACAAGAAAAAUUGGCUUAGAAACUGUGGGAGUGAAGGUCAAUGAAAAGACUGGAAAAAUACCCGUCACGGAUGAGGAGCAGACCAACGUGCCCUACAUCUACGCCAUUGGUGACAUACUAGAGGGGAAGCUGGAGCUCACCCCGGUGGCCAUCCAGGCCGGGAGAUUGCUGGCUCAGAGGCUCUAUGGCGGUUCCACUGUGAAGUGUGACUAUGAAAAUGUUCCAACAACUGUAUUUACUCCUUUGGAAUAUGGUGCUUGCGGCCUUUCUGAAGAGAAAGCUAUGGAGAAAUUUGGGGAAGAAAAUAUUGAGGUUUACCACAGUUACUUUUGGCCGUUGGAAUGGACAAUUCCAUCAAGAGAUAACAACAAAUGUUACGCAAAAGUCGUCUGUAAUAUUAAAGACAACGAACGUGUAGUGGGCUUCCACGUCCUGGGUCCAAAUGCUGGAGAAGUUACACAGGGCUUUGCAGCUGCGCUCAAGUGUGGACUGACCAAACAGCAGCUGGACAGCACGAUUGGAAUCCACCCCGUCUGUGCAGAGGUGUUUACGACACUGUCUGUGACCAAGCGCUCCGGAGGAAGCAUCCUCCAGGCUGGCUGCUGAGGUUAAGCCCCAGUGUGGGUGCUGCUGCCGAGACUCUAGACCACCCACUCGUCUCCUCGCCAAAUCCAAGGUGAAGUUUUCAGGAACACUCUUGGGCUCCUGGCACCUGUGUGUCCUGUGCUUACCACCAUCCAGGACCUUGGAGCCAGCUCACGGGGAGGCGGUGGUGAAUGAAGGCAAGCAGCACCCCACUGGGGUCACCGUCAUGGACUCCAAGCUGACUCUUGGCAGCGCAUCAGAGGGAUGCGUCCAUGAAGUCACCAGCCUCAAGCCCGCGCGGUGGGCGGUGAUGGAACGACUGCCAGAUCAGUUUCAGCAUGUCCUUUUCUUUGUCAUUUUCUUACUCUCAUUCUCGAGCUUCCUAAUGUUGAUUAUCACUAUUGUUUUUCUUAUUUCUCAUGGUGUUAAUAUUGGAUGUGAAAAUGUUAGCUAUCGAUUUUCAUCCAAAAGCAAGUUGUGGCUUGAGUACCCAGUGGAGUGUCUUGGUGCAUGAAAGAGGUGAAUUGUAGCUCAGAGGUCACGUAGGAUGGUCUGUGAGAGAGAACUGUCUUACAGUUGGAAAUAAGUCUAUGUCCAAAGUAAGUAAAUCCAGUUGACUCUGGCCAAAUUCGCUCCAGUGUGCUACAUGGCUGAUUAUCAUCAAACGUUUUCGUGAGAGAGAACAUGGUGACUUGACCAGCCUAUUUGAAGUAAUAAUAUCUAUCCCCUUGUAUUAUUCCCACCAUUAUUCAUGCUGGAGGUAGGAAUACACCUAAAUAGGGGAAAAGAAUAAAUCACGUCGUAUUUUAUUUCACUUAUUGUGUGUUGACCUAAGAUUGUUUGCAACAGAGAACACUCAUUUCAAACUUUUGUCUUUUUUUGAGGGGGGUAGUUUUAUGUGUGUUAUGUAUCUAUUUUUUCCCAAGGAGCACAUUCAUAGGAAAAUAGAGUCUGUCCACACGUAUGAUUUAACUCUUUCGUGGUGAUUACUUUUUUUAAGGAAACUGUUAAUAUCCUAAGUUAUUAUUUUUGAACACAGGUGGAUGUGAAGGAUUUUCAUUUAAAAGCCAAGUGGUUUUGACCUUUUCUUUGAUGACGCGUACCUGGUGGAAUCUGGGCCGCGUCCGCCCUGCUAGCAUUCCGACUUGUGUGAUUGCAGAGAGGCCUCUGCUCCUGUUACCUGUUCUGUGUAAACGGACUAGCGAGGGAUGGUACUCAGGCCCUUUGUCCUUGCUCUGGGUUGAGGUUUUGAACCUGUGCUAUGGACAUGAAGCUUCUGCCAACAGUUCUUUAAGUCCCUCUUCACUCCCUCCCCUCUUCCUGUGUUCCUCAGCCACGGCGCUGCAUUUCUGGGCACCUCGGGGAAGCCAUGCUUCUGCCUGGCAUUUAGUCAGCAGAGCCCCCGACCCUGUCUCAAGGUCUGUGUCCUCGUCCCAUCUGGUCAUAUGAAGAAAACGGGAAAAGAGAAACAGAGGGGGAGAACAGAACAGUUGAUUACGUUCUUUUUUCUUUUUUAAUUUUAACUUUAAGAUUUUUUUCUGAGUCUGCCAGUCUCAGAAGCUAGAACAGUAGGCAAUAUGAGAUAAUCACACCUGAUCAUGCUGUGAUCGUCUCUUCUUAGGGGAACGGAAUUCUCCACCCCCACAAGAAAGAUUACACUUCAUAGCCUCCUCUUGUUUAGUUUCUGUAGCUGCCCAGUGUACCAAAACUCAUACUAAACUCCAUGUAUGUUUGUUAUAAACCUUUUGAGAAAAAAAUAACAAUGUGAAACAUUAAAGGUAUUAAUAUCCA